AUGUCUAUAAUCAACCGAAACCAUCCAAGAAAUACCCUGAGCCACCGGUUUUUUGAGUUUCUCAAACGGGAGAUCAAGGAACAAUACUCAAAGAUUGUCAUUGCAGGUGAUUAUAACUUACAUCACAAGGAAUGGGAGUCAAGGGCAGGUCCGAAUACGGAAGCAGAUGAAGUUGUUGAGUGGCUACAUGAAAAUGAUAUGAUGUUAAUUACUCCAAGAAAUCAAAAAACAUACAACAAUAGAACCAAUAUUGAUUUGGUUUAUGGCUCAGUGGACUUACUUCAUAGAAUUUCAUUUAGUGGAGUGGAUGAAAAUACACUAAGUGAUCACUCAAUUGUGGAGUGGGACAUUUAUAUGUCUCAGAGUAAAAACGGGGAUGAAGUUUUUACUUCGGUGAAGAGAUUGAAUAUUAAGAAUGCAGAUUGGGAAAAGUUUGACAAGGAGCUUUCUUCUGCCAUUAAAGAUUUUAAUGUGCAUAACAAAACUCUAAAAUCAACUGACCAAAUUGAUGACCAAGCUAAAGUUCUUGAGGAGGUUGUAAAAAGAGCAAUGGCAAAGUCGAUGAAGGAAGUUAAGGUGAUGAAAAAGUCCAAACGCUAUUGGAAUCAAGAAUUAAGGGAGAAGUUAGAAAAAGCGCUAGAAGCUAAAAGGGAAGCCCGUCAAAGACAACCUUCUUUGGCUUUGAAACGACAAAAAAUUGAAGAGGCGAAAAAAGCUAGAAAAAUUUUUGACCACAGUUUGCGUGAAGCAAGUACUGAGCAAUGGAAUAAAUAUUUGUCUAGUUUAGAAGGAAAUGACAUUUGGAAGAUUUUGAAACAUGAAAUAUGGAAGGCACUUCUACCUGAAAUUGAUCAUGGUCUUGAUAGAGAGUUUGAAAUUGACGACGAUUCUCGAUGGCCAAAAUUAGAGUUUGAUGAAGUUGACUCUGCAUUGGCUGAUACCCCAAAUGAUAAAGCUCCAGGAGACGAUGGAAUUACUGGCAAAGUUUUAAAGAUGGCAUGGCUGAAUAAAGACUUUAAGGAAAGGUUUUUCAAGCUUCUCCAAGCUUGUGUGAAGUUUGGAUACCACCCAAAAGUCUGGAGACAUGGCAUUAUUGUUGUUAUACCUAAACCUAAGAAACCUGACUAUUCAAAGCCAAGAGCAUACCGACCAAUUUCCUUACUUAAGAUUCCAUCUAAAGUACUGGAAAAAUUAUACAAAAAGAAUGACCAAGCUUACAACGCACUUACUUCCACCAGAGCAAUAUGGGGGAAGACAAGGUUAUUGUGCUACUGA